AUGACGAUAACCACUGACGAGGUCUUGGAAAAGAUUGGUAGCUUCGGUCGCUACCAAAUUUUCCUCAGCAUAUUUUUCAAUCUUGCCUAUGCAUUAUGGUGGGCCAUUCCUGUAAUGACUUCUGUCUUUAUCGCAUCGGAGCCCGGCUGGCAGUGCAAAAAUAUAUCGACUUGCCCCUAUACGGACACCAUAAGUCUUGGAGACUCGAGGUACAAGUACCGAUGUAAUAUUCCAAGGGAAGAUUGGAAAUUUGCGAACGAUUUCACUUCUAUUGUCACUGAGGUAAACACGAGAAAUUGAAUUUUAUCACCCUAAGAAACUUGCUAAUUUGAUUUGGAGUCCUAGUUCUAUCCGAUGUUGAUUGCCAAACGAAAUUUAAAACUCAUUUUGUUGUAAAGGCAACUUUACAUCAAAGGAAAGCCUGAAAGAACUAAGAAAAAAAUUGUAUCUGUCGAUGAGUAUUUGGUAACAUCCAUCAACAGUGAAUUUCUUCUAAUAUGAGUAGGUCUUUUUAAACUUAACAGUUCGACCUGGUUUGUGAACGCGGGUCUUUGGGGUUUGUUUCCACCUCUACGAUCUUUGCCGGAUUUUUCAUUGGAAGUAUCCUUGUGAGCACCUUUUCUGACAGAUUUGGCAGGAAACGCCCACUUUUCCUCUGCGGUUUUAUUUGCUGCGUGGUUCAUCUCAUCUCAGCCUUCUCUCCUGCAUUCUGGUUUUUUGCACUUUGUCGUAGCAUUGUUGGAUUCAUGAUUGGUAAGUUCAGACAAGAGAGGAUCAUCUCUACGUAAUGAAACAAAUGAAACAGGAACCAUAAUGAAAUUUUGUGGUAAUAAAACAAACAAAAAUUCUAAUUUUUUUGUGGAGAGGACCAGUGUGGUUACGCUGAAGUUUUCUCGUAGAGGGACUGUCUGUAUAUUUUUUAUAACAAUGGCUGGGAAGUUGUAUUACAAGAAGAAGUCAAAUUCUGGAAAGAUUCCAAGUCAGAAGAGCAGUGGAAAGGCUCAUACUUCUACAGUUAAUAAACUUAGGUAUUUUAGAGCAAUUUUUGAUUGAAUCUCAUAAAACCAAAGUAACCACAACAGCCAAUCAGAAGAAGGGAAAAUACCUAUAACACCCAAUGAGAAUUCAAACUCAAAACAACCAAACUGCUUAAAGCGCGGGAAAACGCGUGCGACCAAGUCGUGAUAAGUUUUAUUCUUGCCUCUAAUUGGUUGAAAAAGUGGCGCGAGUUUUCUUUCCGGACCUAUCACAGAGCAAAGUAAAUAAAAAUCAGUUCGAUCUUGGAUUACUUGCGACACUCUUUUGAAAAUUGCUCUGGCAUCAACAAGCUGGUUUUCGUUUAUGCAGGUGCUUACAGCAUUCCAUUGUUCGUGUUGACUUCGGAGUUUUCCGGAAUUCGCCACAGAGGUGUAGCAGGAGGCCUGGUGUGGAUUGGAUUCCUUCUGUUCUCCAUGAUCUUAGCAGGGGUAGCAUAUGCUAUUAGAGACUGGCGUCAGCUCAUUAUAUGUACUGGAGUUCCUGGCAUAUUACUUACGGCUGGAUACUUGUGAGUAAACAGAACCUUCCAUGGCACUUAAUGAUAAAUACUAAGCAAUUUUUUGGGUGAAAUUACAGUCCACUCCCCUGAGCUUGUGUUUGCAAGUCGCGUGAUUUAAUGGAUAUAGCCGUAGAUUCAAAGAUUGCUGCGAAAAAGAGAGAGUAACGUUUUUCAGUCUGUAAAAUCAGAAUACUCGGGAAAACGAUAAAUAUCCAAGGAAAAUCGAUCCUUGUCAUUUCCUUAGUACUCUGCCGAUGUAUGAUAACAUCACCGUACUCGUUCAAGAGCCAUUGCCCAUAGCACCUCUUUACCUGGUCCAUUGAUUGAAAAACAAUGUCGUUUGCUCGGAAUGCACGCGCUUAUUCGCCUGAUUACUUGAUUUUUAUGCGUAGUACAGGAUGCGCAGUGCGAUACUAAGGAAUCACCUCAACAGUUAGCCGUAAAAUGACCAAAAUGUUAACCUUCAGCCUUAAAGGCUAUCGUCCCACACGCACCAUCUCUUGAAGAGAAACGAACUGCUAAUUACUUUUAAUGGGGGUAAGAUAAAAAAAAAAACUACAAUGUUGCGUCGGUGGAGGGUAUCAAAAGAUAAUUUGGACAACUGAGUUGAUAAUCUGAAUUGGCCAUCGUAUAGUUGUCUGGUUCUAAUGCUGACGAUUUGCUCCGAUGAAGGGCUAACGCUCGAAUCGUCGGCUUUAGAAUCUCUCUUCGGUGGUCAAUCCACAUUAUCAACUCAGCUGAUAAAACCAAAUUAUCAGCUAAAGUUUUUAUCUCAAAUCAUCAAUAGGACUCAUCUUCAUUGAUUUUUGGGUUAACAUUAUUGCCCGUCAGUUUCAUCCCAGAGUCUGUCCGCUGGUUGCUAAAAAAAGGUCGAGAGGAUCAGGCCAGGGUAAUCCUAUGUAACGUAGCUGAGGUGAAUGGAAAAGAAAUGCCUACUGAGUCAUUGGAAUUAUCACAAGAAGAGCAGAAUGAGAGGCUUGGUGACUUCCGAGAUUUGUUUGUGUCACGAAAAAUGAUACACAAGACGUUAUGCUCUUGGUUAAUGUGGUAAGUAGUGAAGCGGCCGCUCCCUUUUGUGAUCUUACGAGACUCGCUUUGGUGCCCAACCCAAAGAGACAAAGUUUAGUUGUCUUUUGAUUUGGUUGAACCAAGUUGUUUACACGAGAUAAUCAACAGAAAUUUUGCUUAUGCUGUGCUUCUAAAUUGCGAAGUAAUGAUAAUUGUCACGCAAGAGGGAGGGGGGGGGGUCUCUUUUAUUCUCAGUUUGUUCCGAAGAUGACACAUAUUCAUAGUACUGGGAGAUCCCCUAAAGCUUAUAGGAACUGAUGGAAUGUCCUCUGAGAAGCAACGUAAGACGCUUCAUACAACAAGAUGAACAAACAAACAAACAAACAAGUUAGCAAUUAGACAAAGACGAAAAUGAGCAAAAUAAUUGAAAAAGGAAAGCAUCAAAGCCGGAAGGCAAACCUGUCUCCUUGCGAAUUAUUCAUAAUCCGUUGUUAUAGUUCUUAAACCUUUUUAUUUAAUGGAAUGUUGUGUUUUCUUGUGAAUUAUGGGUACCAUGAAUAUCCCAAUUAAACCAAAGGUUUCUAAUCUAAGUAAUCUAUGAGUUUUUCAAUUCAAAUUAUACCUGAAAACAUUUUUCAUGAUUACCUCCAGAAAUAUACCCUUUCAGUAAUCGUUUUGGAUUUAUCUCCAAUUUCCUAAUUUCUCUUUCCCUUUUAUCUUUUCUCUCGUCGUGAACAGGUUCUCUGCAUCUUUUAUCAGCUGGGGCAUAGCUUUCAGUGCUCCUUUUGUUGGGGGAAAUAUCUACAUCAAUGUCCUUAUAUCUAGUAUAGCUGCAUUGCCAGCAUACCCAAUAAGUGCUGCUUUGACGAUGAAGUAAGUAUUGCCAUUGGGGCCAAGAGACUUUAUAGAUCUGUUUCGUCUUAUCUGUCUCUUUCAUGUUUUUAAAAGUUUUUGAUUUUCAAGAUAUCAAUAAUUGUUACAAAAAUGGUUAGUUUACAUGCAAAAUAUGUUAAUAAGUCAAGAAAAAUUUAAGUCUGCUGCCAGUUUUAGAAAAGGAUGAUUCAAUCAAAAUUGCGGUUAAGUGAAGCAGCUUAUAGAUAUCAAAUUCAGUUUAACCAUCGACAUCCUUGUUGAGUUGUCGAUUGUUACUAAUUUCCUGCUGUUAUUUCAACAGGUUCGGUCGCAGAAAGACUAUAGGAGUAACGUUUUUAUUAGCUGCUGUCGGAGCAAUCGGGACACUUCUACUGUCAGACAAAGCUGAAAACGAUAAAGGUGAAGCACUCACAAAUUGAUUUACGUAUAGGACCUAUUUUGUAAAUAAUUAGCAAUUAGAAAUAUCUCUAAACCCUCCAAACUAACUAGCCAUUUAGCUGACCAGUCGAAGGUUCAUGACACUGCACUGAGAUGCACAUCGUUUCGGAUGGAAAAUUCGUAAGUAGAUAGACUAUUGGCUGAAUUGUACGGCCAUGAACCCUAACCAUAGAAAACAUUUUUUUUUGACUCUUGAAAAAACCUCGAAUGGGCUUCCUAAGCUUUUAUCUAAGCGUAAACUUAUAAAGAGUUAUGUUUGUUAUUGCUAAUCAUUUAAAAUUUUUUCCUUACCUAGGUUACAUGGCUGGGAAAAUCUUCAUGUCCAUGUUCGUUGCAAGGUUUAGCAAUGAAAUAGCCUUUUCAUUGAUUUACAUUUACUCUGCUGAGUUGUUUCCAACAACCAUAAGGUAGACUAGACUUAAAUAUCUAUACUGUAAAAGAUGGGAUCUCUCGAUAUAUUUUUAAGGGCGUCCGUCAUUUUAAUGCGAUUUUAAAAGUAAUCGUCCGUCUCAACUAUAAGAAUACUCGGUUUGUUUCAGCUGCCCAUGCUAGUGGGCUUUCAUCUGAAAAAAAAACAGACUUUCUAAUGCCUUGUCUUUCAAGUGCCCAGUCCUCCACAUUACAGCCGACAAAAAAACGCUGAUAUGACGCUUUUUACGUUACGUCACCAUUUUCGUAAGCCUCCGUUCGCACCUUUCCACAUCAGAGACGGAAAGUUUCGAAAACGACACAUUUUCAAAAGGCUUUAAUUUUGGAAUCAUUUUGUAGGUCAGUUUUUACCUUAAAAGUAUAUCCAAGCGAAGUUGUGUGAAUGAGGCAAAAAUCUGUCUGGAUUAUGUGGCUGCGUUCUGGAUGAACGCUUAAAAUAAUAUUUUUGAGCUAUCAUAAGAAUUGAAUUCAUCCAGACGAUCCUUUAGAUAAGGAGUUGCGAACGCGUGAAGUCAAGGAGCAUAGGCCUGCUAUUGGUAAUAGUGAAAAGUUAUUAACUUUAGCCUUGGACCUACUGUAAGUCUUUUCAAUUGAUCAAGAAUGAAUGACUCUUUUCAUAAAAUCAGAUUAGCACGUUCAGUUAUACAGUUUACCAGCAUAAUGAGAUUUGUUUUGUCCUUCUUUUAGGAAUGUUGGAAUGGGUACAUCUACAGCUUCCGCCCGCGUAAGCGCUUUUGCCUCAGCUUAUGCUCCGCUCUUGGUAAAUAAUCAAUUUAUAUUUCCUACAUCCUAUUACUAUCAUAAGUUUGGGUGGUUUGCUUCAGCUUUUUCGUUAAAGAAAACAAAUAAUCUCCCCAAACUUGGAACAAGCAAAUUUUGCAAAUGAAAUAAACACACAAGGAGACAGACGCUCAUACAAAGGGGCAAGAAAUUGUACACAGACAGAUUGACAAACUACGAUCGUUCAGACAGAUGGACCAACAGACUAACAGAAUGGCAAAUGACGCGUGUGCUGACAAACUUGUUGUUUCCUUCAGGUCUAAGACGGUAUUAAACAACAACAACAAAGAAAUGAAAUAAAAUAUUUGUAAUUAUCCCCACUUUCCCCUGGGCAGUCACCCAUCACUGAAAGCUUUCCCUCUGUCCCUUAGGUGUCCACCGUGGAGAGAUUCGACUGUAACAGCCUUAAUUUAAUAUAUACCCUGAUCUAUCUUCUUUCAACAGUUGAUCGUUGAUCGUUUUCUUCCCUAUGGGAUAAUGGCUGGUCUGGCAAUAGCAGCUGCUAUUGGAUGUAUGACUUUACCGGAAACUCUCAAUCAACCAACCAUGGAGAGUUUGUAUUCCGUUCAGAGUGAGCCUAAGAAGGGAGCAGAUGAAAACAGAAACGAGGUUGUUCCUGAAAACGGAGGUGAAACGGUGGCUUCAAUGUGAAAAAGCAGCUCCACAGGCACCAAAAAGAAAGUUAAUGCUUCUUCGAACCGUUGUGCCUUACUUCUAGCUGUAAGCUGUGUGCAAGAGACAAGGGCUGUAGUUAUUUUUCUAUAAUUGUUAAAUUGCUACGUAAAGAACUUUUCAUAAUGUUACCUUACUUUUACCAAUCAUUGCAUUCGAUCCUCAUUACUUCGGAGACAGCGCAGUCAUGCAUGCCAGUAUCAAUCGAACGAAUGGACCGUUCUUGUACAUGACAUGAGCUUCUCGCUGGAGAUUGGUCUCAACAAAUAUUGUUAGUCAAUUGAAAAAACAAACAAAAAAACGUGCAACAAUUAAAACAACAACGGUGACCACAAAACAAACAAAUAUAACGUAACUCUUCAAUUUAGCGCCCUCCUUCCAUAAAGUGCCCCCUCGCUAAUAAACGCCCCCCUUGAAUUUGGUUUUUGUCAAUAACCGCCCCUAUUCGACCUACUCUUAUAAGCGCCCCCUAACGAGUGAGCACCUCAUUCCAAUACGCACCUCUUUUCCAAUAAACGCCCCUAUUCUGUUUCAGUAAUAAGACUAGUAGGGUACAUGAACAUUGAGAUUAACCGUGGUCCAUCUUCCUUUAAUUCGCUCACUUAAAACCUCACGACAAAAAAAAGAACUUCGUCUGUCUCUCAAUUAUUAUGUCGCCGCGAGGGCAUAGUUCCUUCCAAUUGAAGAUCCCGUCAGUCUUAAAAUUUUGCGACGGUUGCUUGGAUAGACAUCCUAGCAAGGAAGUAUCCCGGUACAGCAAGUCUGUCUCCCAGUCUUUUCUUUCCUUUUGGAUAAACAUCAAAAGUUUGUUUCACAUUCUGCUGUUUUUCAAAGGAGAAAUAAGCGCCCUGUCCCUCAUAAACGCCCUGUUUCGAAUAAGCCCCCUCCCCUGAGGUAACAGCAGUGAAAUAAGCGUCCCGGGCGCUAAAUCGGAUCAGUACGGCACAUAUAUGUGCAACGCCUAAAUACGACUGGAAUACAUUUGGGAGUCACCACAAACUUAUUAUGUAUCUUGUUUUCAGAAUUAAAUUUAUAUGCAAAUUCUAGCGGCGAAAUGUGAGUCAAAACCGGCUAGUAUCAACGUCUUGCAAAAUGGAUUUAGAAAGCCAAAAAACGGCCUAUUUAUCAAGCAUUUGGGUUUUCUGAACAAACUCUGGCUAAUAGCCACACAAAAUCAAUCCUUAUCGUAACUUUAUUCGAAAGGCGGCAGUCGCUCAAUUGAUUUGCAAUAUCAAGACACAAGAGAAUAUAAUCUCUUGCAAGAUAAUGUUGGCCGGUAUAUAGUCUCUAGCCGAUGAUUCAUCGCAAAAACGAUCUAUAUCACCACUUCGUUAAAUGUGUUUGCAAUCGCUAACGAACCGUUCGAAACUCAACUGAUCAAGGAUCAGUUUCUUUUUCUGCAAAUAGCGUUUUCUCAACGUGGCUGGCGUAAAAUUCAAGAAAAAACAGCACAGAUGUUAACGCUGGUUAUAAAGGCAAACGCUCUACUUUUCCUUAGCGCCUUGUGGAUAUGCGCAAAUGCUCAACUGUACCGGCUCUAGCAAUCCUUUUGUCUUGAGUGUUUUCUGAUAUUCUCAGAGACUGAGGGUCAUUGUUUCAUUCAACAACUGGAACAUAUCGAUCUCUUUCUCUCAGUGGUCCACGCAGAAUUUCUCAGCAACUUCGCGCAUGCAAACUGCUCUGUGUUAUAACGUCUGUGCAAGGCUCUUGUAAGUUGCGUUGGCAUUCCUCUUUCUUGCACAACAACUCGAGCAUUUUAUAAGUACAUUCGCGUAGGCUAGGUUGUUGAUUUAAGGAACGCUCUGUUAUAUAAUGGUUUAUUUGUUCCCUAAGCCCAGCACCAUAAAAAUGACCUUCAUUAGGCUAUGGCUCUGUUUUAGUGGCCACACUAUACAUUCGACACUCAGAACAAUUCUUCUGUGGGGAGCCAAUGUAAGGCCUGGGCAACCGGGAGCCGAAAAUUGAUAAGCUGUAACGAUGCAUUUUAAAAGUAUUUCUUGGGUGCUUGAUCAGUUAUUAGAGCACUGUAAUAGCAAGCUGACCAAACUCCAGCAACGUACAAGCUUCUAUUCUUCAAAUCCACGGCGAACAGAAUGAAAACAAUUCCUCUGCUCGACUACAAUUAUAGAUUAAUAUUCAUGAUUGUGACAUACAUUAGUCUUUCGAAAAAAAGGGAAAAAGGUGGAUAUAUCGAUUAUCUAUUAACAACGCUUCAUUUUCUUAACUCUUAUUAGUCAAAUAUACUGCUCAAACACUUUUUUCUUUGUUGAAAAAAUCAAUGAUUAAAUAUAUUUCUGGUGUACUCGCUAUCCAUGGGAUAUAUUUUUGAGAAUUGUUCUUUUCUUUCUGGGAUUUUCUGUAUCCCCAUACAACAAAAAAAGCGGUAGAUCGAAAUAUUGCAGGCUGCACACUGGCAAUCUUGUGACUUGAUCCAUUCAUCCAUCAGUUUCUUUGCGUUGAACCUGGUCAUGCGUCAAACGUAAAAUAAGAUUAAUUGAUGGUAAUUUUUAAUCCUCCAUUAGUGUCUCGGCUUUUUUGUCUCAAUUUCUGGCUUCUUUUGUUUACUGUAGAAGAAACAUGUGACAAAACAGUGAGUCAUGCCUGAUGUUGUUUCAUGAGAAAAUAUUUUUCUCUUCCUAUUCUUUCACCACAAAUCUAUCAUGUAUCUUGUUUUCAGAAUCAGAGCUUAUAGCCAAGUUCUCGCGGCGAACUGUGAUUCAAAACCUGCUAGUAUCAAUGUCUUGCAAAAUGUUUGGGUUUCUCGUAGUGAAAAGUUCUAAAAACAAAUUUUUCUACUCUUUUUUUGGUGCAUUCGACAUUUCUUGAGUGCGAACCUAAUACUAAGGUGUUUCAGCUUGGGCUAAAACAUAAUUGCAUUGUGAAGUAUUCUUCGGUUACGUGCUUAUUCACUUUUGUGUCAUUUAACUCUGCAAGGUGAUGUAAAAGCUUGUGUCUUUUCUUUGGUGCCUCAUCAGAUUGUCGAACUGUACAAGAUCCCAAAACCUGUAAGAAUCCGGUUUUUAACUCGGGUCUCUACUGAGUGGUAACAGUGCAAACAAGUUUCAUGCAGGUUUCAAAAACCUAUCUGUCACAAUGUUAAGUAUACUAAAGAGGUGCACUCGGGUCAUGGUCACCAUGAAUCAUUAGAAUGAAAUAACGAAACCGCUUACUUAAAGAUAUAAGUGAAAAGUUAAAUUUUCUGAAAUAAUUUUCACAAAAAUUGGUGACGAGUAAUAAAAAUCUUCAGCCCAAACAACUUUUUGUUUGUUUAAUUAAAAGCUCUACUCCGAGUUGCUCGCUGGAAUUUUUCUCUUUUUAAACAUUCCCAGCCCCCACCCCCUCCCUCCUAAAAUAAAAACUUGUUGGCGUGCGUAUAGUAGCUCUAGCUGUUGCAGGUGACACAUUUGCAGUUUCGUCACUUGAUCCAUUCAUCAAGCACUUUCCUUGCAUCAGAUCUUCCAAUCGCCUUCAGCUUGUCACAAAGUUUGUCAAUUGAGACUGAGUUUGCGCAGUCAUUGAGUUGAGCCUCUGUUAGAUCUUUCCCGACUGGAAAUACAAGAUUUUCUCCAUGUCAUAUCCGAUUUCACUGGCGAGAUCUUUGUAAUCUCCUCCUAAUUGACGCAAGGGAUCUAAUUUAAUGAUCAAUUCUCUCCACACUUUGUAGGGCAGAACGGUGAUAACGUUCUCAGUUAUGCAAUCAGUCGGCUCAGGAACUCUGGGUGGCGUAGUACCUGGUCAUAAGUGAAACAUAAAUUACGAUUCAUUGAUAGCUAUUUCUAAACCUCGUUCGCCGUCUCGUGUUUUUUUUCCCUCAUAUCGAGUUCUAGCUUGUUAUUGCUGACUGAACUGUGAGGGAAACAUAUGGUCAAAUGGGUCAUGUCUGAUGUGAGAAUAUGUUUUAAAACAAAAUAAAUGUUUUAAAACGUAUGUAUUAAUCGCUCAGCCAAAUAAAGCAUAUAAAACAACUUCGUAACGCACUUACUGCAUGUUCGAAAGUUGAUCGGUCAGGUUGCGGGAAAUGCCAUGUUUCUCCCUCUGGUCUUUUUCCCAGUUCUGUUUGCUUCUCUAUCUGCUGCUUGGGUUACCAGUUCACUGUUUUUGUACUUCCACUGUGGAGUACAGUUAAAGUUUCAGGAUCUUUUUUUUCUAGGUUGCUCCAAAUUUUUAUGGGUUUCUUUCAUUUGUGUGCCAAUGUCAGAUAGUUUUAUGUGACGCCCUGAAGUAUCGCUUUGUUCUUGGUUCUUUUUUUGCCGUUUCGUUCUCCUUUUAUUCGCUUCCACAACAUCCCAGUCUUAUUGAUCAGUUUCUUUGCGACACGCCCAAACGAAGACAGAUUCUUCAAAACGAUCACUUGAUCGUUGCGACACAAGCGAAAACAGAUUCUUCAAAACGAUCGCUCGAUGAACUAUAGCCGACUCAGUUCUUACAAACUCCUCUCCAUCUUCCUCCAUUCUCAUGAAAGAUCCCGUUGAAAAGGUAUGAUCGUCACCAUCAACCAUUUGAAGGAGUAAAGUUUUGAGCAGGAGCUCUUUGAGCUCUGAAGGGAGCUCCUGGUCAAAACAUUUGAACAUUUCCCUCCGCCAUUUUCGCAUUUGGAUUCAUGCUUCUUUCUUUUCAAGCGCAAUUUACAAGUUCUCUUUCGAAUUUACGGGUGUUCGAUUAGAUGCCAGAUUAUAGACCGUUCGUUACAGCUGCAGGUGACUGCAUUUUUCAAUCAUGGCAACCAUCGUUAGGAUUUCAAUCCUUCAAGUUUACAAUAGGGACACAAAAACGCCCAUAUAUAGAGAAGACGUGUAUCUUAAAUAAGCUGCUUCAGUAAUGAGUGCAGUGAUUGCUGCUCAUUUUUGAAGAAAAGUAAGACCGAAUCCUAAUGAAUGUCUCAUCUCGUACUAAAAGAUCCAAAAAGGUUAAUUUUGGAAAGUCUACUGCUUCUUAUUCUUCAAUCUUCCUAAAGUAUGAUAAUAAAGGAAAAUCUGUUUUACUAUUUUAGCAAAGCUUACUUCGAGUACUGCGAAAUUAAUGUUUUAGUCAGCCAAAUUCGCCGAGUUCUGCCCUUUUUUCUCUAAUUGUGGCGGUUUCACUAAGCUCUCAAGCUUGAAUUGCUCGCCACAGCAUCUCAUUAAUGAGUGUUUUCAUUACGCAUUCCAGACAUACGACUCAUGGUGCGGCGAGGCGUACGAGGCAUACGAAACAUAGAGGCAAACUAUAGAAAAAAAUUUAUUCAGAUAAAAGGCAGUCUCUGACUGCAUGUGCCUACUUUUGAAUAGUUGUAGAGUAUUGCAGAAAAAAACACUGGUGUAAAAUGCAGACGGGUCAGAAUGAACACCUCUUGUCGUUGCUAAAAUUGCGACCAAAAGAGGACUUGCUUAUGACAGAGUUUGUACACUAAUCGACUGACCCGCCGGGUAUGGGACAGGAAAUUAAUAAAGUAGGUACAUGUAUUAACUGUGCACAAGAGAUUAUAAACUGAGAAUUUUACAGUUUCUUGAUGCGCAUUAAAUGAAUUUUUAUACAAAACUUCACAGCUUCGUACGCUCUGCGUACCUAGCGCAAUGUUCGUACCUUCUCUUCUCGUAUGCGAAGGUAUAAGGUUUGAGCCUUGGCCACGUUAACUUAUUUUUGUAUGUCUUUUCCUUAUUUCUUUCUUUUUUUUUAAUCGACAUUCUUCUUCAAGGAUAUGUUAGACGUGUUCAUAGUAAAAUGCACAUGUGAGAACAGUUUGACGACGAAGCGGUCACGUUCAAAUCGAUAACAAGUCGAAAUUCAGAGGUGAGACCCUGAACAAACAUCGAAGUAAACCCGACAAAACCAAAAAUGAAUCCAAAGAAACCCAAUCAGAUUCGUUCAAUGAUGGCCAGAGUUGGAGCUGGCCCAGAUCACAAGAGUCGUUACGAGUGCCUCACGAUAGUGCGCCAUUUUGAAAACCGUGAGGUGUUUAAGGAAGGUUUACAGACUUACACGACACCGUAACAUAGUUCCUACCACGGGCCAACUGCAACGAAUGUAAUAACAACGCAAAAACACGUCCUUAAUAUUACCAUUAAAAACUACUAGGGGUUUCUUUGUAACUAAAAGAACAUGGCUAUUUUAUCAUAUUUUGCUAACCCAUCUGGAUUACAGCUAUUCUACAAAUCUGUCUCAAUGCCAAUGUAAUAUUAACUACUAAGUUAUGAAAAAUGAACGUAUAUGCCUCAUCAAUGUUGCACAAUGCUGCAAAAUCCUCUUAGGCCGAUUUACAGAAGACAAAAGCCCCAAAAAGAGCAAGCGAUAAGGAUGUUUGAUUCCCACAACAAAGACUGUAAAAGGAUCGAGUCUAAAAAAAGACACACCAGCCAAGAACACGUCGAGUGAUUCACGGAGUCGAAGCGAGAGAGAAAAUUCAUUCAAGGAGGGGAGAGAAAGUAAGAAUUUGAUUGUUCGACCUACGCUCUUUUGCUUCCACCAAAUAUUGGCGGCUGCGAUUUCAACGUCGCAUGACGAAGGUUAUUCUGUAGGCUUUUUCCAGUAGCAAAACAAUACUAAGCCAUAGCAUUCUUAAAAUAUCUUAAUCUAAAAAGAAAUUAUAUGAAAAGGCAUUUUGCGAUGGCUCGCAUGUAUCGCAUGCCUCGCCGACUCUCAAUUUGUAACAACCUCGUAUUAAUAUGCACAAUUCUGGCCAUUGUACGCGGUAAGUGAAUUCAUACUGACCUACGCUUUUCUCUGUGUUUCUGGGACUGACCGCGUGACUCGGACGAUUGAGAGUGGGGACGUUACCUGUUGACGAAGAAAGUCAGGAUUUUAAGGUUAAACAACAUCGCAUUGACAAGUCAUGUUAGGUGAUUGUCCAGCAAAGCAGCAAUUGACACAAGUUAACUCAAUGAUGGUCAAAAGGGACUUCACGUACUGGCCAUCACUGUUAUUUCGUUUCUUUUUCCAAGUUUCCCCAUAGACAGAAGCAAUACCACAAUGCGAAAAGAGAGGAAGGACGACGAGGGUAAAAGACUUAAAAGAUUGCACGACAUGGGCGUAAACCGAAAUCACCAGCGACUUCAACCGAUGAUAGAUGCGAUGACACCUGAGAAACCUCAUAUGUGUCAUACACAAUCGGACGAUUGGUGGACAUGUCACGCUAGAUAGAUAUUUGGCGUGACAUGUUAGCACUAUUGUUUGCUUGCGGUCGUUAAUUUCCUUAGAGCUGCAUUAUGCGACACGGCCAGCUGAAAAGUCAACCUAUACCGUUUACGUUGUUUCAGAAUUUGAGGUCCUUUUUGGACAUGUUCCCUGAUCCCAAACGCCUCGUUACGUAUCCUCCACCCUAAAGAUGUUGCGCGGCUGGUUGACUCAUUAUUUUCGUCGUCACUCAGCCGUGGCAUUUCAUGUCGUACGUGAUUGUAUGUGAUUUUUGUAUGUGUUUUUUUUGUAUGUGUUUUUUUUUUGUAUGUGUUUUUGGUGUUUUCUUUCGGAACCAGUUCAACGACUGAGUCUAUCAACACGGUUUCAACAUUUACUUUUUUCAAGUCCUGUGUCCUCUUCCUUCGCUGUGAAGUGCCAACAAGUUAGUUGUAAUCUUGUUUUCGUAAACAAUAAGCCAGAAGGACAUAUUUGAAUAAUAACACAAGGCUCGUUAGACGCCUGUCAAUUUCUCGUCGUAAUAACAUGAAUUCUUUCUAAAGGGUUGAUUGACCUCGCGGCUUUUGUGUCAAUAAGCGGUAUAUGACUGUUGACGCUCACGGAAUAAUUAUCUUCAAACAAAUCUUGAAUCAACCUGUGCCAUCAAAGCUGUAAUCAUCCACAACGCGGACCAGAAUUAUCACACAGGCGGAAGAAUCUUUAUAAAUGAGGUGAGCACAAUAAACUGAACACUUCUUACUCAAGGUUACUUGUCGUCGUGCAGUCUCAUAUCUGCCGUAAGAUCGAAACAUAACCCUGUUGGCUCUGAGACGAAAACGAAGUAGUCGAGCAGGAUUAAAAAUGGAAAUGUUUAACCCUUCUUCCUAGAGCUAACUUAAGAGAUGCACACCAAGAUUACACGUAUGCUUUUAGUGAUCAGAACUGUCGCGGAAUCAAGAGGACUGUAUACUUCUUUGUUUUCUAAACGCGUUUAUUUUCUUCCAUCACUCCUGACAAUCUGAACAUACUAACACUCUAACGAUCUAAAACCAAUCUGCCCUUACAAUUCAGUGCUACUUCGUUUUACAGUUCUAGUUGCGAAAUAAAGUAAUUUUCCUACAAUCACGAGUUCAGUAAAUUCCCAAUCCCAAGUACUGUAAUAUACUCUAUUUUAGUUGCAAUUUCACAAUUACACGUUUCUUUCCCUUAUUUAGUUCACUGUACGCAUGCAAAUCAGUGUUGAACUUUGUUCACAACGUUGUGAAAUAUCAUGUCGCGAAAUCUUCCUAUUCGCGUUACAAUCAGUCUAGUAUUUCGUUACAUUGUGUGACAAUUUAUAACAUUAAUCAUUAAUCAUAAAGAAAUCGUUCUCGACAAGAACCACAAAAUUGUUAUUUCCGAUUUUUCUUUUGUAAAUGGAGCGAGUGCAUAUUGUUAUAUAUGCUGGCAAACUCAUUUUAGAGAACACAGGCUACUUUUACUGGAGCUGUAAUUUUAUUGUUUGCCAAGGUAUGCAGCCCUCGGCCCUCAGGUAUUCCACUGAUCUAGAAGGGCAGCGAAAUGACAACCAAACGGCUUCAGUGACUCAUACCACUCAUUUAGUAGCCUGCAGGGCUAAACUGCAGAAUACUCUGCCACUCAUUUACGUGUCAUUGAAUAGGAAUAGCGUCUAUUGUGUUAUGUCUCGUCCUUGAAAGCUUCACGUCACAUGUAAAUGAGAUGAACCAAAGUGGCAGGGUAUUCUGCGGUUACUCCGCCUGCAGUGCAGGCGUCUUGUUAUGGCGAGCUGACGUUAUAAGCUAGCGAUCGUUUAUCCGACCGGCCAUGUUUUAUUUCUUUAAUUUCUCUCGCUCGCAUUUCUUUGCAAUUAAAGUCAAGGAUGGCGGCCAUAAUUUUCGUUAACCCUUUUACUCUCCUUACAAUAUCAAUAAAAUACCAAUCAGAUAAGUAAUGAGAAUAAAGAAAAAUAUCAAUUUAGGGAUAAUACUAAAUUCUCUGAACUAACUUUAUAAGAAUUGUAUGGUUGUUUCUGGGAAUUGCAAGACCAUAGAAGGAACAAAUGUAAUUUGCUCUGCUUCCCACACUUAGAUAUCAUCGACAAUAUUCAAUCCUUCUGAUAAUCGACCUCGAUCUUUGGCUAAAUGUUAGAAAACUAAAAAAAUAUGUUUGAGGGCACUCAAUAUGAAUGCAUAUUAAUUUUUACCUUUUAGAAAUGACGAUAACCACUGACGAGGUCUUGGAACAGAUUGGCAGCUUCGGUCGCUACCAAAUUGUCCUCAACAUAUUUUUCAAUCUUGCCUAUGCAUUAUGGUGGGCCGUUCCUGUAAUGAUUUCUGUCUUUAUCGCAUCGGAGCCCGGCUGGCAGUGCAAAAAUACAUCGACUUGCCCCUAUACGGACACCAUAAGUCUUGGAGACUCGAGGUACAAGUACCGAUGUAAUAUUCCAAGGGAAGAUUGGAAAUUUGCAAACGAUUUCACUUCUAUAGUCACCGAGGUAAACACGAGAAAUUGAAUUUAUCACCCUAAGAAACUUGCUAAUUUGAUUUGGAGUCCUAGUUCUAUCCGACAGUGAAUUUCUUCUGAUAUGAGUAGGUCUUUUUAAUCUUAACAGUUCGACCUGGUUUGUGAACGCGGGUCUUUGGGGUUUGUUUCCACCUCUAUGAUCUUUGCCGGAUUUUUCAUCGGAAGUAUCCUUGUGAGCACCUUUUCUGACAGAUUUGGCAGGAAACGCCCACUUUUCCUCUGCGGUUUUAUUUGCUGCGUGGUUCAUCUCAUCUCAGCCUUCUCUCCUACAUUCUGGUUUUUUGCACUUUGUCGUUGCGUUGUUGGAUUCAUGAUUGGUAAGUUCAGACAAGAGAGGAUCAUCUCUUCGUAAUGAAACAAGUGAAACAGGAACCAUAAUGAAAUUUUGUGGUAAUAAAACAAACAAAAAUUCUAAUUUUUUUGUGGAGAGGACCAGUGUGGUUACGCUGAAGUUUUCUCGUAGAGGCGCUGUCUGUAUAUUUUUUAUAACAAUGGCUGGGAAGUUGUAUUACAAGAAGAAGUCAAAUUCUGGAAAGAUUCCAAGUCAGAAGAGCAAUGGAAAGGCUCAUACUUCUACAGUUAAUAAACUUAGGUAUUUUAGAGCAAUUUUUGAUUGAAUCUCAUGAACCUAUCAUGGACCUAUCACAGAGCGAAGUAAAGAUUACUUGCGACACUCUUUUGAAAAUUGCUCUGGCAUCAACAAGCUGGUUUUCGUCUAUGCAGGUGCUUACAGCAUUCCAUUGUUCGUGUUGACUUCGGAGUUUUCCGGAAUUCGCCACAGAGGUGUAGCAGGAGGCCUGGUGUGGACUGGAUUCUUUCUGUUCACCAUGAUCUUAGCAGGGGUAGCAUACGCUAUUAGAGAAUGGCGUGAACUCACUAUAUUUACUGGAGUUCCUGGCAUAUUCUUUACGGCUGGAUACUUGUGAGUAAACAGAUUCUUCCAUGGCACUUAAUGAUAAAUACUAAGCAAUUUUUUGGGUGAAGAACAUAGUCCACUCCCCUGAGCUUGUGUUUGCAAGUCGUGUGAUUUAAUGGAUAUAGCCGUAGAUUCCAAGUUUGCUACGAAAAAAAAAAAAAAAAACAACAACAACAACAACAAAACAAAAAAGUACAAUGCUGCGUCGGUGGAGGGUAUCAAAAGGUAAUUUGGACGACUGAGUUAACAAUCUGAAUUGGCCAUCGUAUAGUUGUCUGGUUCUGAUGCUGACGAUUUGCUCUGAUGAAGGGCUAACGCUCGAAUCGUCGGCUUUAGAAUCUCUCUACGGAAGUCAAUCCACAUUAUCAACUCAGCUGAUAAAACCAAAUUAUCUAGCUAAAGUUGUUAUCUCAAAUCAUCAAUAGGACUCAUCUUCAUUGAUUUUUGGGUUAACAUUAUUGCCCAAAUUGUCUAGCUAAAGUUGUUAUCUCAAAUCAUCAAUAGGACUCAUCUUCAUUGAUUUUUGGGUUAACAUUAUUGCCCGUUAGUUUCAUCCCAGAGUCUGUCCGCUGGUUGCUAAAAAAAGGUCGAGAGGAUCAGGCCAGGGUAAUCCUACGUAAAGUAGCUGAGCUGAAUGGAAAAGAAAUGCCUACUGAAUCACUGGAAUUAUCACAAGAAGAGCAGAAUGAGAGGCUUGGUGACUUCCGAGAUUUGUUUGUGUCACGAAAAAUGAUACACAAGACGUUAUGCUCUUGGUUAAUGUGGUAAGUAGUGAAGUGGCCGCUCCCUUUUGUGAUCUUACGAGACUCGCUUUGGUGCUCAACCCAAAGAGACAAAGUUUAGUUGUAUUUUCAUUUGGUUGAACCAAGUAGUUUACACGAGACGAUCAACUGAAAUUUUGCUUAUGCUGUGCUUCUAAAUUGCGAAAUAAUGAUAACUGUCACGCAAGAGGGAGGGGGAGGCAAGGUAAUGGCAUCCGCCAUGUUUUUAUUCUCAGUUUGUUCCGAAGAUGACACAUAUUCAUAGUAUUGGGAGAUCUCCUAAAGCUUAUAGGAACUGAUGGAAUGUCCUCUGAGAAGCAACGUAAGACGCUACGUACAACAAGAUGAACAAACAAACAAACAAACAAGUUAGAAAUUAAACAUAGACAAAAAUGAGCAAAAUAAUUGAAAAAGGACAGCAUCAAAGCCGGAAGGCAAACCUGUCUCCUUGCUAAUUAUUCAUAAUCCGUGGUUAUAGUUCUUAAACCUUUUUAUUUAAUGGAAUGUUGUGUUUUUUUGUGAAUUAUGGGAACCAUGAAUAUCCCAAUUAAACCAAAGGUUUCUAAUCUAAGUAAUCUAUGAGUUUUUCAAUUCAAAUUAUACCUGAAAACAGUUUUCAUGAUUACCUCCAGAAAUAUACCUUUUCAGUAAUUGUUUUUAGUUUAUCUCCAAUUUCCUAAUUUCUCUUUCCCUUUUAUCUUUUCUCUCGUCAUGAACAGGUUCUCUGCAUCUUUUAUCAGCUGGGGCAUAGCUUUCAGUGCUCCUUUUGUUGGGGGAAAUAUCUACAUCAAUGUCCUUAUAUCUAGUAUAGCUGCAUUGCCAGCAUACCCAAUAAGUGCUGCUUUGACGAUGAAGUAAGUAUUGCCAUUGGGGCCAAGAGACUUUAUAGAUCUGUUUCGUCUUAUCUGUCUCUUUCAUGUUUUUAAAAGUUUUUGAUUUUCAAGAUAUCAAUAAUUGUUACAAAAAUGGUUAGUUUACAUGCUACCGAUAUAUUUUUAGAUAACAAAAUAUGUUAAUCCAAGUCAAGAACAAUUUAAGUCUGCUGCCAGUUUUAGAAAAGGAUCAUUCAAUCAAAAUUGCGGUUAAGUGAAGCAGCUUAGAGAUAUCAAAUUCAGUUUAACCAUCGACAUCCUUGUUCAGUUGUCGAUUAUGUUACUAAUUUUCCUGCCAUUAAAUCCCGCGUGUAUUUUAAAGCUGUUUCCGCCAUUGUUCCAAAGUAGCCAUAUACGGUCAUUUUUAAUCUUUAAACAAAGCCUGCUUACCUUUAAGUUGAUCCGCUUUUCUUGAUACGAUUAUUUCAACAGGUUCGGUCGCAGAAAGAUUCUAGGAGUAUCGUUUCUAUUAGCUGCUGUCGGAGCAAUCGGGACACUUCUACUGUCAGACAAAGCUGAAAACGAUAAAGGUGAAGCAUUCACAAAUUGAUUUACAUAUAGGACCUAUUUUGUAAAUAAUUAGCAGUUAGAACUGUCUCUAAACCCUCCAAACUAACUAGCCAUUUAGCUGACCAGUCGAAUGUUCAUAACACUGCACUGAGAUGUGCACAUCGUUUCGGAUGGAAAAUUCGUAAGUAGUUAGACUAUUGGCUGAAUUGUACGGCCAUGAACCCUGGAACAUAGAAAACAAUUUUUUGACUCUUGAAAAACCUCGAAUGGGCCUCCUAAGCUUUUAUCUGAGCGUAAACUUAUAAAGAGUUCUGUUUGUUAUUGCUAAUCAUUUAAAAUUUUUUCCUUACCCAGGUUACAUGGCUGGGAAAAUCUUCAUGUCCAUGGUCGUUGCAAGGUUUAACAGUGAAAUAGCCUUUUCAUUGGUUUACAUUUACUCUGCUGAGUUGUUUCCAACAACCAUAAGGUAGACUAGACUGAAAUAUCUAUACUGUAAAAGAUGGAAUCUCUCGAUAUAUUUUUAAGGGCGUCCGUCAUUUUAAUGCGAUUUUAAAAGUAAUCGUCCGUCUCAACUAUAAGCAUACUCGGUUUGUUUCAGCUGCCCAUGCUAAUGCGUUUUCAUCUGAAAAAAAAAACAGACUUUCUAAUGCCUUGUCUUUCAAAUGCCCAGUCCUCCACAUUACAGCCGACAAAAAACGCUGAUAUGACGCUUUUUACGUUACGUCACCGUUUUCGUAAGCCUCCGUUCGCACCUCCCCACAUUAGAGACGGAACGUUUCGAAAACGACACAUAUUCAAAAGGCUUUAAUUUUGGAAUCAUUUUGAAGGCCAGUUUUUACCUUAAAAGUAUUUCCAAGCGAAGCUGUGUGAAUGAGGCCAAAAUCUGUCUGGAGUAUGUGGCUGCGUUCUGGAUGAACGUUUGAAAAAAUUGUUUUGAACUAUCAUAAGAAUUUAUUUCAUCCAGACGAUCCUUUAGAUAAGGAGUUGGAUAUAAAGCGAACGCGUGAUCGAGGUUAAGGAGCAUAGGCCUGCUAUAGUAAUAAUGAAUAGUUAUCAACUUUAGCCUUGGACCUACUGUGAGUUUUUUCAAUUGAUCAAGAAUGAAUGACUCUUGUCAUAAAAUCAGAUUAACACGUUCAGUUAUACAGUUUACCAGCAUAAUGAGAUUUGUUUUGUCCUUCUUUUAGGAAUGUUGGAAUGGGUACAUCUACAGCUUCCGCCCGCGUAAGCGCUUUUGCCUCAGCUUAUGCUCCGCUCUUGGUAAACAAUCAAUUUAUAUUUCUAUAUCCUAUUCCUAUCGCAGGUUUUAGUGGUUUGCUUUAGGUUUUUCGCUAAAGAAAACAAAUGAUCACCCCAAGCUUGGAACUAGCAAAUUUUGCAAAUGAAAUAAACACACAAGGAGACCGACGCUCAGACGUAGUGACAAGAAAUUGUAAACAGACAGAUUGACAAACUACGAUCGUUCAGACAGACGGACCAACGGACUGACAGAGUGGCAAAUGACGCAUGUACAGACAAACUUGUUGUUUCCUUCAGGUCUAAGACGGUAUUCAACGACAACAACAUCAACAACAACAAAGAAAUGAAUAAAUGAAUGAAUAGAUAACAAGCUAAGACAGACAUUGAGAGAGAAAGGCAUACAGAAAGACAGACAGACAUGCACAGCCAAAUUGAAAAAGAGAGCAGACACCAAAAUGCACUAUUCUCAGAUCUCACGACGCAACAGUUACGCAGCACUCAUGGGCGGGAUAUUUCACAAGAGUCACAGUUAUCAUUUAUACACCUGAAAUAUAUAAUUUUCUGAUAGGAAACUCGAAAGACUGAGGACCAUGUGAUUUCUUGACCUCCUCGUUUAAAUUGCGGGCACGUAUUAACGACAGAAUGUUUGCCGUAAUUUACAGCAUUAAAUCUAAGUAAAUUUAAGCACACAUUUUGCCAAGAAUUGUUCUAACCACCUGAAAUGUUACAAACCACUUAAAUAAAAUAUUUGUAAUUAUCCUCACCUUCCCCUGGACGGUCACUUAUUACUAAAAGCUCCUUUCCCUGGAAAGGUUCGACUGUAACAACCUUAAUUAAAUAUAUACCCUGAUCUAUCUUCAAUAGUUGAUCAUUCAUCGUUUCCUUCCCUAUGGGAUAAUGGCUGGUCUGGCGAUCGCAGCUGCUAUUGGAUGUAUGACUUUACCGGAAACUCUCAAUCAACCAACCAUGGAGAGUUUGUAUUCCGAUCAGAGUGAGCCUAUGAAAGGAGCAGAUGGAAACAGAAACGGGGUUGAUCCUGAAAACGGAGAAGAAACGGUGGCUUUAAUGUGAAAAAGAAGCUCCACAGCCACCAACAAGAAAGUCAUUACUUCUUCGAACCGUUCUGCC